AUAAGCCGAGAUACCAUGAUACCGUACACCGUACUCGAGUAGUCAAUAAAUCUCAGUUCACCCAGCUUUCAAGACUGACCUUCUAAAGACCUUUGACACCAUUCCCGUGGUUUGGAUGCAGACUGAGUCAGUUGCCGGAACCUCAGGAGAAAUUCCGAGGGGGCCUCGAGGUCUCCAAUUCUGCCAAAGUAGAAAAAUGGCGUCACAGGAAACGUACGAUCGGAUAGAUGGGCGCUGCAACUACCAGCACGGAAGUGUCAACGACAGCCUCCGAUCAACAACGCACAGAUGAGGGCAGUGGCUUCGUUUUGCAUGUUUCCCGGAACAAUUGAUGUGGCCACCUGUGAUCUUGUUUGGGUGGGUUGUGGGUGCCACAACCAGAGCUAGCCAGCAUCACGAAGCAAAGUCACCAUGAAAAGUCUGCGACUGAUCAUCGUCCUCUCUACGUUAUGGAGCCUGCCGGUGGAAGUAACCUCGACGCCAUCACUAAGAGCCGCAGUAGAUGAAAAAACGUCAUCGGAAAUUCUCACUGGGAUCGACAUGCCGGGAGAAGCAGCAUGUGUUCCUGCUUCCAGUAACACCACACUUGUUUGUGACCCUAAUCAUCUUUUGAGUGACAUUGACACUGACAAGAUCAAGAGCCAGUUGGCCUUCCUCAAGACAAAUUCAACAUUUCGAUGUCAGGAUGAUGGCGUCAACAUGGGCAUCUUCAUUCGACGGUUUCAUCAAACUAUAAAUAGUGCGGCUGUGGACAAACUUCGCAGAGAUUUGGACAUGGGUGCCUGUGGAGUCCUAUUGUACAUGAUUUUCACUCCCAGCAAUCAGGCAUUUGUUUAUCUUUCAUGGGGAUAUGGGUUGGAAAGAGUGUUGUCAGGACUGGAAGUUCGAUCCAUGAAGGAUGGAAUGUUACCAUUCCUAAGGCAUGGCCUUUAUGGUGAAGCCAUACACGCAGCAAUCCUCGACCUUACGGCAUUCUUUGAAGGCAUUUCAGAUUCAACGCAAGGGUAUCUACUUUCUCAAAACUUGCAGCACCUUGGCGUCACUUCUUGGGUGCUGAUAUUCUUUUGCUCCAGCUUUGUGUAUCUGCCCUUGUGUCUUAUGGACCUUGUUCUUGGAUAUCGAGCCUGGAGAAGGCAACAAAGAGCUCGGGAACAGCUACAAAAAGAAAUUCUGGAAGAGGUGGAAGAAAAGCUGAAGGAAAUUGAGGGGAAUUUCUCUCCUACUAGCAACAACCAGCACUCAGGGAACCAAAAUAUUGAAGGGGAGUUCAUGUCCGAAAUUUGCAUAAUAUGUCUCGAAGAAUUUCCACCUGACAAUGAACAGUUUGAAGGAAUCACCUCAGAAGAGACACCGUUAUUCCAAAAAGGACGACUUGGAUCUGAUGGGAAACCUGUCAAGUCACUGCCAUGUGGACAUGUCUUUGAUCGCACAUGUGUAGCUGAGUGGAUGAUAGCUACAAGAACAACAAGGAGAAAUGCACAUCUCACGUGUCCUGUUUGUUUGGAACCAGUUUGAUUUGCCCCUCCAUGUCAUUUUGGCUUGGUGAUUGUUUUUUGAUGUACUAGCACAUAUUUUCCAUAAUAGCAACAAGCAGUUUCUAGCGCCGCUGAAUUCCAUGAUCACACUGCACCGUCCUACCAUCCCUUUUUCCUUACCCCUCCUACCCCCUCAAACUUCUUUACCA